AUGUCGAAAGAUGCGAAGAGCACACAAGAAUUGCAAGGUGUUGCACCUGGCUUUAAGGAGGCCGUUGGGCGAUUGGAGACAGAACCAAAGAGCAUGCACCAAAAGGCUGAACCCCCAAUGCAGGGUGGAAAGAUGAACCGCGGUUUGAUCGUGGUGGAGACUGGCGUGAUGCUGCUGAAGCACCAGGGCCGCGAGGUGACCAACGCCGACCUGCACCGCUUCGCGGUGCUGGGCUGGGCUGUGGAGUAUCUCCAGGCCUGCAUGCUGAUGGCCGACGACAUGAUGGAUGGUUCCGUCACGCGACGAGGAAACCCGUGCUGGUACAGGCUGCCAGAGGUGGGAUUGCUGAACACCAACGAUUUCCUCAUGGUGGAGAUGUAUGUCUACAAGAUCGUCAAGCGGCACUUUGGAAAGGAGCAGAUCUUUCCUUGGCUCAUUGAUCUCCUCCUAGAGACCACCUUCCAGACGGAGUGUGGACAGCUCCUGGACUCCAUCUGUGCCAACUGUGACUUGGAGGAAUUGACGACCGAGCGCUGGACCUUGAUUGUGAAGUACAAGACCGCCUUCUAUUCCUUUUACCUCCCAGUGGCAUUGGCCAUGUUGGUCACUGGCGUGCGGGACCACAAGGCCUUCGACACGGCACGAGAGGCCCUGCUGCUGAUGGGAAUCUACUUCCAGGCGCAUUCCGCUUCACCCGGCGCAGCGGCCACCGCGUUGGGUCACCGUUGGGACGAGCUCGAGGAUUAUAAGGGCUCAAUUGAGAAGGCCCAGGAUGACUACUUGGAUGCCUUCGCCAGUCCGGAGGUGCUGGGCAAGGUCACUUCGAAGUUGUCUCCGGAAUUUCAUGGGUGUGAGAAGAUCCUCUUGGAGUUGGAUCGAUGUGAGAAGUCGGUCGAACAUGUCGAAGCAGCUCAGGACAAGAAGUGCAGUUGGCUUUUUGCACAUGCCUACCACGAGCAAAGCACUCCGGAGGCAAAGGCGUACUUGGACAAGCAUUACGGGAACUGCGAGGUCGGCAGUGAAGAGGAGGAAAAGAUCAAGGACGUUUACAAAGAGCUGGGCCUCCAGGAGUGA